GGCUCAGGUCUGAUAGUUGAGUGAGACUUCCUUGACUUCCAGGACUCCUUGCCCUUCACCCCUUUCCGAGCGGCCUUCUUUCUGCUGCCCUCAGUGGGAAGCUGAUCCGCAGUGGUCUGCAUUCCCUCGCGGAGCAGGGUGGCAGGCACUGGGCUGGGGUGCAGAGAGAAGAAGAGUGGUGAGGUAGGGAAGUACCCUGUGUAGGGGUUCUCCCUCUACUGUUGACUCACCCCUCUGAGCCUCGCUUCUGCACAGGUGGGGUGGGAAAACCGGAAAUGAUCCAUAUAUAGGUCUCUGUUUUCACCUAGGGGCAGAGGGGCGGGGCGGUGGCGACUCAGUCCUUCCAGGAGUAGAAUUGCUUAGGCUGUUCCAGAGCUGGGUAGCACUGGGCGUCUGGAAUCUCAUACUUGGUUGCCCAUACGCCUCUCUCUGCCUUCAUGUACCCCUGAGGGCUCUCAUUUUGUCUCUAGCCACUGACAGAGGCUCUCAGCUCGUCUCUAGCCACUGACAGGACUUCUUUCUCCCUGCCUUGGCAGAGGUGCCGAGGCUAGGCUGUGGAUGGUUCUGGGUCCUCAGACUCUUGUCCAGCCGUCUUCAAGGCUGGCUCUUGAUAGGACUCCCCCUCCCCAAACUGCCCACUGGAGCAAGCCCAAGGAGGAGAAUGCCAGGCAGCCGGCUUCUGGGCCACGGAGUGGACCGACCGCUUCAAAGGCUGUCUUUGUUUCCUCUCCAGCUCGUGCUAAGGGAAACUUAAGCCAACAACCUCAGGCAAGGGGGUGGGGCUGUGCCUGCUGGUUGUUAUUGAGGUUGCUGUUGCCGUUAUUGUUGUGACUGACGUCGUCUUCCCAGUCAGUGAGUUUUCGUGAAAGGAAGUGUCACUUCCUUCCCAUCACAGGGACGGUGGCUGGGGUAGGCAAAUGAAAGAGAGAAGGAAAGUGGUACUCACGCUCCUCAGCUCCUCAGCUCCUCAGCUCCUCAGCUCCUCAGCUCCUCAGCUCCUCAGCUCCUCAGCUCCUCAGCUCCUCAGCUCCUCAGCUCCGGGGAGGUGUGUGGCCUUGAACACGCUCUCUCAGAGCAAGUUGACUCAUCAUCCCACAGACUUAGGUCAGAUUUUCGGGAGCACCCUAGGGAGAAUCAGAUGCGGGGGGGGGGGGGGGGGGGGGAACAGGCAGGUAUCACCAAGGAUGUGUGCACACUUGCAGCUGUGAUUUGUAGGGGAAGCCUGCGUGCAUUCUUUCUUCAGUUUAGAACAUUGGCCAUUGAGCCUAGCAUUAUAGAGACGAGGAAGCUACCUAAGCGUGGCUUGGUGGUGCAAGCGUGGGAACACUGGGAAAGCUAAUCCAGAAAACUGUAGGUUCGAGGCCAGUCUGGGUUACAUAGAGAGACCUUGCCCAAGGUCUCAAGGCAAACAAAUAAACAAGUCAAGAGGCAUCCCUGGGGCACUAGAGUCCCCACCCCCCUCCUCCUUCCUGCACAAUUUCAGCUGAUUGCAGCUCACUGGCUGGCAGGGCAAGGGGCAGGCUUACAGGGAGGGGCCUCUCCUUAUCUCUUAGCCUAUCCCAUUGCCUCCUCACUGAUUCCUCUACAGGGUGCCCCUCACCACUUCCAUCUUCCCCUCUUUUACACAGAGCCUUUGUCUACUGAGACAGCAGUUCCCACUUCUUCAGGGACCCUCGAUUGUGUCCAGUGGUUUUCCUUCCUUAAAGGUUAUAAAGUGGUACCCUGGAUCGCAAUGAUGGGGCCCUGGGAGACUCCGAGGCCAGGCACAUUGAUUCACGUGUAACUUCUGCCGCUUCCUUUUCUGGGCGUGGUUGGCUCAGUUGUCCAUGCUGACCUGUUCUCAUCAGUGAAGUGGGGCUGCAGAGAGCCACUCAGGUAGUGUGGCAGCACCUCCUGCCAAGGGGACGAAGGAGCAGUCAGAAGAAGGCGACCCCCUAGAGCUCCCUGUGUCCCCCAAGCCUGAUGAGGAGCAGAGCAGCAGCCAGAGCCCCAUCCAGCUGGAGGACUCUCCUGAGGCCGGCGAGGAGCGGGAGGAAGAACAGGCCUUCCUGGUCAGCCUCUACAAGUUCAUGAAGGAACGACACACGCCCAUCGAGAGGGUCCCCCAUCUUGGCUUCAAGCAGAUUAACCUGUGGAAGAUCUACAAGGCAGUGGAGAAGCUGGGGGCCUAUGAGCUGGUGACGGGCCGCCGACUCUGGAAGAACGUGUAUGAUGAGCUGGGGGGCAGUCCAGGCAGCACCAGCGCGGCCACAUGCACGCGCCGCCACUACGAGAGGCUGGUCCUCCCAUAUGUGCGGCACCUGAAAGGAGAAGAUGACAAACCACUGCCCCCGACUAAGCCCAGGAAGCAGUACAAGAUGGCCAAGGAGCUGAGGGGGGACGAUGGGACCACAGAGAAGCCAAAAAAGGCCAAGGACUCAGAGAGGCAGGUGGACCAGACCACACUGGGAAAGAUCAAAUCAGAUGCCACUGGUCUGACGCAGCCUCCUAGCCAGGGACCCUCAAGGGAUAGCACAGAACAGUUGGGCCCAACAUCUGGGCCCUCUUUGCCAUCCAUGGGUGCUAGCGGCUGUCCGGAGGCCUACAAGCGGCUCUUGUCCAACUUUUACAGCAAAGGGGCACAUGGUAUCAUGUCACCACUGGCCAAAAAGAAACUCUUGGCCCAGGUCAGCAAGGCAGAAGCCUUGCAAUGCCAAGAAGAGGGCUGUCGUCAUGGAGCAAGGAGCCCCAGCAAAGACCUUCAAGAAAGUCCCCAGAACCUAAGAGGGCCAGCUGAGAACUCUGAACACCAGCAAACCCCUCAGGAAGGAUUGCUGCCUCCCAGUGGCAGCACCAAAGUGGAGGUGCAGGAGGGGCCCCACCCCACAGCCCCGACUUUCUCAGGCUGUUUUCAUGCCUACCCAACUGAAGUGCUGAAGCCUGUCAGCCAGCACCCCAGGGACUUCUUCUCUGGCCUUAAAGACAGGGUGCUGUUGGAACGGCCUGCUAAAGAGGAAGGGCUGUCAACCAAAGAGCCCCAGCUGGUGUGGGGCGGGGAUGCCAACCGCCCCUCUGCAUUCCAUAAAGGCAGCUCCAGAAAAAGAAGCUUCUACCCCAAGCCCAAAGCCUGCUGGGUGUCCCCCAUGGCCAAGGUUCCUGCGGAGAGCCCUGUAGCUCCACCUCUCCUCCCCAGUAGCCCAGGCCUUGGCAACAAGGGCAACUUGGAAGAAGAGGGCUUUGCUCAUGGUGGCAAAAAACUGAGGGCAGUGUCUCCCUUUCUGAAGGAGGUGGAUGCCAAGGAGUGUGGGGGCAAGCCUGCAGCACCUGGCAUGGCGGUACCCUGUCUACUGGGCCCAGCCCUGGGGCCCACUCCUCCAGAGGCCUACAGGGGCACCAUGCUGCAGUAUCCUCUGAACUUUGCCAGUAGCCCAGACCCUCUGAAGGGCCAGGCCACACUCCCCUUCAGUCCCCUGGUCAUCCCGGCUUUCCCAGCCCAUCUCCUGGCUACGACAGGCCCCUCACCUAUGGCUACCAGCCUGAUGCAUUUCCCCCCCACGUCCUAUGAUACCGUCCUCCGCAACAGACUGGGCCCAGCUUCAUCUGCCUGGCACAUGCCACCCGUCACAACCUAUGCGGCACCUCACUUCUUCCACCUCAACACCAAGCUGUAGGUCGGAGCCUUUUGUGCCGCGCUGUGAGGAUCCGAUGGGUCCUCAGGAGGGCAGGUGCUGCCGGGAAACUCAGGCCAGAGCCCACUGCCUGGAAGUUGAUGUCCCCCGCCCGCUGGCACUGAUAGGGGUUGUCAGUAGGCUUGUCUCAACAAAUCAGCCUGAGCCCAAAGCCUGGGGACCAAGUUGUGGUAAAAUCACAAAAGUACCUGAGCUAGAAGUAUUCUCUCUCUACAGAGGCCAAGAGGGACUGAAAGGCUAAGGAGCUAGAUAGCAGCUCAAGGCAUCCAGGCUGGCCAUGAAACGUCCAAUCCAAAGACACUGGUGUCAUUGCCCUUGAGGUGUACAGGGCUUUUGCAAGGGGAGGUGAGGCAGGAGCAAGCUUACGGAUGCAGUCACCUGUGUAGGAGCAAAGAUGAAACAAUGCCAUUCUGGUCUGGAUUUUACCACCCCACUGGAGGGCAGCCCAGAGCAAUCUCAGCCUCUUCUGCCCGGAUGAACAGACAUGCUUGCUUUUGCUCCUGCUUCAGGGCACCUACCUGGCUGUCGGGGUUGUCAUGGUACAACGCCCAGAGCUCACUGGUGACUUGGGAGACACGAAGGAGGGACUGUGAGAUUCCAGUCCUCCAGGCUGAGCCACAGACCCAGUCCCAGGACGCUAGGAAGGGAGCUGCUUGCUUUAAGAGGUCCUUGCUGUGUUGUUCAGGCUAGUCUCAGACUCCUGGCCUACAGAAUUCCUGCUGUGGCCUUCUCAGCAACUGGGAUACAGUUGUGAAAGGAGGGAGGCUUCUGAGGGUACUAACACAAAACCCAAGUCAUCUGUCCCAGUGGUGGGUACACUGGUAAACCCUGCUCCCUCGUGCUCCCAGUGACCUGCCGCCAACACACCCACUUUCCUGUUCUCCAUACUGGAUUUGGGGUGAGGGGCCCCAUCUCUGCCUGGGAACCUGUUGCCAAGCCGCAGUAAGUUUCAGCUGUGUUUGCUCCAGGGGCCCACAGAGAAACCCUGUGGUUUAGCACCCUCCUCCCUUAGAGAUAGCUUGACCUGCCAGACCCAAGGAGACUGUCAGUACAGCUUCAUAACUGCUCCCGGGAAGGUAGUGCCACCAAGGCCCAGAGAUGCCAGGGUGCCAGUGAACCGGGUUAGCAGAUGGUUACUGACCUGCAUCAUGGGAACGCAUCCUGUUCCCGACCUCAGGCCAUGGGUAGGAGGGCAAGAUUUUAUGCCCCCCUGGCUAAGGCCAGGGACAGGAGGUGUCAUUGAGGACGCCUGGUUUGGGGAGAUGGUGGUCAGGGAAGGUGAGGGGAGCUGUAGCAAGCAUCUUCCAGCUCCCCCUCUUCCUUCUGGAGGCACUGAGGUGCUGGCCUGUGUAUGCGGAUGACUAGCCCUGAUCAUCUGGCUGCCCCACUGCGCCCAUGUGCUGCGGACUGCAGUAGUGGCGCCCUCUGCAGGCACAUUUGGAGAAUGCACAUCUGGUGAGAUAGAAGAGUGGAUGGAUUCCUAGGCUGGACUCUGCUACCUCUGCCUAAGCAAAGACACUAGAAAUGAACACAAGUCGGGCUUCUUGGAAACCUUUGGAACUCUGCACUGAACACCCGUGUAUCUGCCUCCUUCCCACUGUGAAUGACUCCAAACACCAUGGUAGCUGAUGGGGGUGCAUGCCACACACAUCUCCCCAUGUUUGUACUUGUCCCCGACAGGCUGCCCCAGAGGACCCGCAGGCCAGCGGAAGUGUCAGUGUUCAGUGCAUAAUUUGUGUUCGGGGUCUACAUUCAAAUCUUUCAUGGCAUUUGAGCUGCUAAUGGGGGGAGGAGACAGAUGCCACCCUGGAAUUGGUGCUGCUCCUACCUGUCCAUGGUCCCAGCUCCUUUUCCUGGUACCAGCUUAAGUGUGAUGAGUUAGGCAUUCGGCAGGCAAUGCCUUUGUUUGCUCUGGGGGUUGACGUUCACUGCCUCUUUAACUGUCUUGGGUGGUCACCUUGGUGGCGUUAAGUGUGCAUCACCCGCACUGGCCUGGUGUCACCACCAGAGUUUUAAACAGUGGCCGAGAGUGUCCUCUAGAAGACCUUGAGAAUGGCUAGAGGGGGUGACAGAGAAUCAGAGCAGCAAGUCCCCAAGGGAGUGGCCAGAGCUUGGGGUCCAGGAGCCAAGGGGCCUGUGGGGUUGGGACAGAGGGACCCAGAGGUGACUCAGGCUGUUUGGUGCCUCCUAGGCCGGGGGCGGUUGGGCUUUUACACGAAAUAAAAGAAAGAUGGAAGAGCAUCUCGGCUUC